CGAUGAAUGGAUCAAUCAGACAAAAUUUUAAUUAACUCCAUCUAUUUUAUUUAAUUUUAUUUAUAAAUACUUUGUAUUUGUUUACGAAAUUAUUUAAUUUAAUAGUUAAUGUAAAAAUUGACCACAUCGACUUGAAACAAACUUCUUAAAACAUAAAAUAACAUCAUGAGUUCAGGAGGCACGCGCGUGUACGUCGGAGGAUUGGUGGAAGGCAUCAAAAAGGAAGACCUAGAACGGGAAUUUGACAAAUAUGGGAAACUGAACUCUGUGUGGGUUGCGCUAAAUCCCCCAGGUUUUGCGUUUAUUGAAUUCGAAAACAUGCAGGAGGCAGAGGAUGCGUGUAGCGCUAUGAACGGUUUCGAGAUGUUGGGCGCGACUUUGAAGGUGGAGUUGUCGAGAAAGAGGGACGGCCCGCGCAGAGGCGGCGGCAACUUUAGGGGCGGCCGGGGUGGCGGCGGAUUCAGAGGCCGCGGCGGCGGUGGCGGAUUCGGAGGGCCCCCCGGAGGCAGGUCGUUCGGAGGUGGCGGCGGCCGCCCCUACAAUCGGCAGGGUAACGGCUACAGCUCCGGCGGUAGCGGCGGCGGCGGCGGCGGCGGUAACUUCAGAUCCAGGUCGCCCCACAAUCGGUUCUAAUUUUAAAUCUAGUUCAUAGUUAGGUUUAGUGUUAUCGUUAUCUGAAGCCUUCCGAGUGUUUAAUAUUUUAAUAUCGCUAAAUACUGGGGGUUUGCGCUGUGAAGACUGAGACUGAUUCCCGAAACGUUGGAGCUUGCCAGCUCCACGCAACAUCUCAAAAUUUAACAUC